GGGGGGCGGGGCUACAAUCGGCUGGCUGCCAGCGCCGGGGAGAGAAGUGCCACGACUCCAAGGCGUGGGGGGCUCACUUCGUCCUGUGUAUUGGCGGGGAGGGAGAGCAGUUGGAAAAGGAAAGGGGCUUGAAGGAUACAAAAUAGGGAAGCAUCUCCCGCACGGCCAGUGCUGCACAACAGUUGCAUUUUAUACUCCAGGAGGCAGAGGGAGAUCCAAGGCUUGGCUCACGUUUAAGAUUUGACAGGGAAGGAAGGAUUAACUGAAAAUGGAUAUCUACGACCCUCAAACCUUGGGCUUCAUGGUGUUUGGCGGUUUCAUGGUCAUCUCUGCCAUUGGAAUCUUCCUGGUCUCCACCUUCUCCAUGAAAGAAACUUCUUAUGAAGAAGCCUUAGCAAAGCAGAAGAGGGAGCAGGAGAAAGCCCAGCAGGCCAAGUCAGAGAAGAAGAAGAAAGAGAAGUCAGUGGAGAAGAAAGGAAAACCAAAGAAACGGGAGGAGAAGCCCAACGGGAGAAUCCCAGAGUCCGAACCUGUGCCCGAUGCCUCUGAGGCAGAGGUCGAGGUGGAACCCAUCAUUGUGCCGAGUGUUGAGGCUGUCGUCGUGGCUGCUUCUGCUCCUCCUCCUCCAUCCGCCCCGGAAUCUUCUCCCCCAACGUCCAAAGAAAAGAGGAGGAAGGAGAAAAAGGUUGCCAAAGUUGAACCUGCGCCCGGCCCUGUUUCGGCCCCCGUCCCAGUCGGGGGCUCCUCCAGGCAAGCUCCUGCCCCGACUGCUACCCCUCUGCUGGAGGCAGUUGCCAGGGAAGUGCCUGUGAUGGCAGUCCCCCCAGUUGGUGCCCAGCAGAGUGCCCCCCUCUCUGCCUUGCCUCCCACUACAGGUGCCAAAAAGGCAGAUACAGCUGCCAGCCAAGAUGAGCCAAAGCAAGAAGCUCCAGCAAAGAAGAAGGUGGCGCCUAAGAAAAAGUCUGAACCCAUAACAGUUCCCGCUGACUCCUUGGACGGCCCUCUCUACAUUCCCUUCAAGACCCUGCUUUCCACAGUGAGCAGCAUGGAUUUCAGUGAGGGUGAGGCCCACCGACUCAUCGAGAUCCUGAUGGAUAAGGCCGGCAUUGUGCAGGACACCUGGCACACGGCCACUCAGAAAGGAGACCCAAUGACGGCCCUGAAGCGCCAGCUGGAGGAGAAGGAGAAGCAGCUUGUGGCUGAACAGGAGGACUCCAGCGCAGCCAAGAGCAAGCUUCGGGAGGUCAGCAAGGAGCUUGCAGCCGAGAAGGCCAAAGCCUGUGCCAGCGAGAACAAACUGAAGGAGCAGCUGACGAUGAGGGAGGAGGAGCUAAACGCCGUGCAGACCCGCAUGCAGGCUAGUUAUCAGGACCACGUGGCUGAGACCCAGAAGCUGCAGGCUAAGAUCCGGGGUCUCCAGGAGCAGCUGGACAACGGGCCCACGGCACAGAUUGCUCGGCUGCAGCAGGAGAACUCCAUCCUAAGGGAUGCCCUCAAUCAGGCCACAAGCCAGACCGAGAGCAAGCAGAACGCCGAGCUAGCCAAGUUGCGGCAGGAGUGUGCCAAGCUGACCAAGGAGCUGGGUGAGAAGUCAGAGUCCCUGCAGCAGGACGAGCAACAGAGGAAGGUGCUGGAGGGCAAGGUCAGCAAGUACGAGCAGCAGCUGGCCCAGAUGCAGCAGAACCAGCAGGAAACUGAGACGGCGCUGCAGAAGCGACUGGACGAUGUCAGCGAGGAGCUCCGCAAGUCCCAGAGCAGCUAUGCCACCCUGCUCACGGAGACAGAGAAAGCCCGGGGAGAACAGCGCUCCACCCUCAGCAGUUACACCGAUCUUCAGGCUAAAAUGGCAUUGGCCGAGGCAGACCAGAAGAGCAAAGCAAAGGAACUGGAGGAACUGCAUUCUCGGCUGACAGAGGCCAACUCUGAGAAAGGACGACUGGAGGAGAGGAUCCAGUCCAUAGAGGCUCUGCUGGAGGCUGGCCAGAGCAAGGAGACAGAGAAAGACCAGCUAGUACAGGCCACCAAAGAACUGGAAGUAGAACAGCUGGAAAACAGGCUGAAGGAUAAAGAUGCUCAGAUUUCCAGCCUGGAACAGGAUAUGCUGCAGCUUAAAGAAACCAUUGAACAGCAAAAGAAGAAGAACAAUGAGCUCCGUGAGAAAAACUGGAAGGCCAUGGAGGCUUUGGCAUCAACCGAAAAAAUGUGCAGGGAGAAACUCAGUGCUGCUGAGCAAAUAAAGGUGGAAGAGACAGAACAGCAGCUGCAGACGGUUCACACACAAACCAAAGAGGUGCUGCAGGGGCUCUUCCCAGAGGUGUCAGUGUCCUCACAACAGCUCUAUAGUGACUGGCUGCAAGAGUUCAGGCAGAAGGCCAAGGAGUCCCUGAACCAGAAGUCCACAGACCCCUCAGAUGUAGUACUUAAAUUAAGAGAAGCAGAAGAAGCCCAAAGCACUUUACAAGCAGACUGUGAGCAGUACAGGAUGGUUCUUGCUGAGACAGAGGGAAUGCUGAAGGAUCUUCAGAAAAGCGUGGAAGAAGAGGAGCACGUGUGGAAAGCAAAGAUAGCAGAGUCUGAAGCACAACUUCGGCAGGCACAAUCACAAGUAAAAACGUUAGAGGGCUCUUUGGAGAAGCUGAAGCUAGAUUCCCAAAACACAGAGCAGCUGAAGGACCUGGUGGCUGAAUUGGAGGAAAAGUUAAAGCAGCAGCUCGAAUCAGCACACACGCAGUGCCAGAAAUAUUCAAUGGAGGUGAAAGAGCUGAGUGACCUCUUAAUAGAAUCACAAAGCCAGCUGGAGGCAGCCAAUAGAGAGGUGCAGAAACACAGCGAGGAGCUCUCACUGGUGAGGCAGCAGCUGUGUGACAUGGAGGCCCACGUGCGCGAUGGAGGGUCGGUUGAGUCACCCAGUGUUGAAGCUGAGCUAGAGCCUGCCGAGGUUAAAAUCCAGCUGGAAGAAACCGUGGUCAGCGAGCAAGCACAGCGGCAGAAGCUGGCAGAAGAAUUUGAAAAGGUCCAGCAGUCUGCAUUAGACCUGCAGGAAGAGUUGGAGAAGUUGCGGGCAGCGAGGGAUGGUGACAGCGAGGACAUCCUUCAGCUAAAGGAAAGGCUUGACAAGGAAAAGAAAAUGACCAAGGACUUGGGCCAAGCUGCCACUAAACUACAGCAGAUGCUGAAGGCCACCCAGGAACAACUCGACAAGGAGAAGGAGACUGUGGGGAGGCUACUGGCUGAAGGACAGGGAAAGGGAGAGAAGAAGCAGGGGCCAGUGACAGAGGAGGACGGACUGAAGGAGGGGACAUCUGUCUGAAGAACACCCAGCUGCAGUAAACACUACUCAAUCUUGCCAGAUGCCUUACAGUUAUAAUAAUCCUUAUGCCAUUCCUAAACCACCCGCUCAGUAUUGUACUGUAGUUAAUUGAGGAGUUAGUGAGCCAAACACAAUUUUGAGAAAAGUUGCAGCCAUCAAUGUUUUUUAAGAAAAGCUUUAUUUGAUUAUUUUUUUUCCCAUCAGUUCAAGACACAUUCCAUCAGACUGUCCGGACCAUCAGUGCACUGCUGUCCUGCUGUCUACCUUGUAUUGUAAACAAAAGGGCCCGAAUGCUCCAUUUACACAAAAAGGGAAUGAGAUGUACUUAUGGGGAGCGUACAUUGAAUUGUGCAAUUUAUUAUUACUUUCCUUCUCCAAGAAAGAAAUGGAGGACACAGGGAAAGAGUCCGCGAACUUUAUCCAGCAGUGAUGGAAACCUCAGCCAGUGACCUAAUGGGGGCUUCAAGAGAUUCCUUCCUCCUUUUUCCAAAGUUGUCCAUCAAAUCAAUAAAAUAUUGUAACCA